UUUGUGCUUUACUUUGCUACCACAUUGAUAAGAAAAAUGAAACUUGAUAGAUAUAUAUAGGAAAGGAGCAUGGCCUUUACCAACAACUUAAGCUAUUUACAUACUGCCUAGUUGGUACUAGCUCUAGUGUCAUCUUUAUGUAAAGAAUUUUAUUUUCAAUAUUUCAUUUUCUUUCUAUUGGACUUGGUACCACAUCGAGAAAGCUUGAGAAAUUCUCCCACUUUCCUUGUAUAAAUACACCAAGCUAGUUGGCUUUCCUAAUUAGGAAACUGAAGGCUUUUAAUUUGAAGGGUUAAUAGUACCGAGGUUCGAGAUCGAGAAAGAAUUUAAAUUUAGAAGCGAUUUAAGGAAAGAAUUUUGGAGAAGGAUGUUCUGGAAAGGAUAAGAAUGUGAUGAACUAAGGUUUUAGUGGCAACAAGAGGCUUGUAGAGGAAGAUGUUAAUAUAAUAUGCUUGUGUUUGUGUUUAAGUUAGGAGCUUAUGAUGUAAUCUUUAGUUACAAACUUGAAGACGUUGUAAGAACUUUAUAUUAUGAAGUGUUGUUAAGGUUGUGUAAGCAUAUAUUGAGUUGGUUAGUUUGUUUGGCAUCCCCGGGUCGGGUUUCUGAGGUCAUCCCGGGCCGGGGGCGCCACAGGUGGUAUCAGAGCUAUAGGUUCGAGUAUCGGCGAAAGUAGAAUUAAGAUUCUAGACUAGUGUGUUUUUAAGUUAGGAGAAUAUGUCUAAGGGAUAUGUGGACCUUAGUUGUGAAUGUGUGGAAUAAACUAUAUGUUUAGUACUUACUAUCGUGCUAGUAUGAAUUGUGGAUUAGAUCAGAGUUCUAAUAUAUAUUAUAUGAUUUUUAGGUAACGAUGAAUGAAGAAAAUAGUAGUGGAGCUGGGCCUAGCGUUCAAAUUAGUCCUGAAAUGAUGUUGGUUUUGGAGGAAAUGAGGAAUAUGUUGAAGACUAUUAGGGGAGAUCAAGAAAAUACGAAUACAAUUAAGGUAAACACUGAUCGUGUGGAAGAACAAGAUCGUAUAAAUAAUCCGGAGCGAGAAGGUGAGAAUAAACGAAGGUGUACUUACAAGACCUUUAAGGAUGCUGAUCCCCCGAUAUUUAAAGGAGAUUUGGAUCCACAUGUUGCGAAUACGUGGAUUAAGGAAAUGGAGAAAGUGAUAGAAAUUUCUGAAUGCUUGGAUGAACAAAAGGUGAAAUUCGCAACACACUCUUUAAGGGGGGAAGCAGUAUUUUGGUGGGACACUGUUAAACAGACGGAAGAUUGUUCAACAAUGACUUGGAUGAGGUUUAAGGAGUUGUUCUUUGAUAAAUAUUUUCCUGCGUGUAUGAAAAAUGAGAUGGAGAUGAAGUUUUUAGGAUUGAAGCAAGAAGGAAUGUCUGUGUCAGAAUAUUUGUCGAAGUUUUUGGAGCUUUCUAGGUUUGCCCCUCAUCAGGUUAAUACUGAAGCUAGGAAAUGUCAGAGAUUUCAGGAGGGACUGAAACCUCAAAUUAGAGAAAGGGUCUCUUUGUUGGAACUAGAGCAAUUUGAUAAGUUGGUGGGAAAAGCUAGGAUUGCCGAAAGGGAGUAUGAAGCUCGCACCCAAUUCUUCAACAAUAAGAAAAGAGGAAGAGAAACAGAACUGCGUGAUAAUUCAGGAUAUAAGAAGGAUGAUAAGAAGUUUCAGAAGACAAAGAAAGAUAGUUUCCCGGGAAAUGAUAGGAAGACCACCAUACCGGAGUGUAAGAAGUGUGGACUAAAGCAUGGUGGUGACAUUUGUUACCGAGCUGAUGGGUUGUGUUAUAAUUGUGGAGAAAGGGGGCAUAUAGCGACUCAAUGCCCAAGGCCGAAAGUGAUUUCUUGCUAUAGUUGCGGAAAACCGGGACAUGUAUCAAGGGACUGCCCACAGAAAAGAGUCAAGCAAGAAGUUGAAACUAAAGAAAAUAGAACUACCACAUCAAGACCUUUUCAGCAAUCAACACCUAGGGCAGUGGCAAGAACCUACGCAAUGACGACUCAGGAUGCUGAAAUAUCGAAUGAUGUGGUGUCAGGAAAGAAUUUUGGAGAAGGAUGUUCUGGAAAGGAUAAGAAUGUGAUGAACUAAGGUUUUAGUGGCAACAAGAGGCUUGUAGAGGAAGAUGUUAAUAUAAUAUGCUUGUGUUUGUGUUUAAGUUAGGAGCUUAUGAUGUAAUCUUUAGUUACAAACUUGAAGACGUUGUAAGAACUUUAUAUUAUGAAGUGUUGUUAAGGUUGUGUAAGCA